GCGAAAAGCCGGGGCCGCCCGCGCUGCUGCUGUCGCCGUCUCGACUGCUUUCUCCAAGAUGCCCGCCCGCACCGCCCCAGCCCGGGUGCCCGCGCUGGCCUCCCCGGCCAUCUCACUGCCGGACGAUGUCCGAAGGCGGCUCAAAGAUUUGGAAAGAGAUAGCUUGACAGAAAAGGAAUGUGUGAAGGAGAAAUUGAAUCUCUUGUAUGACUUUCUGCAAACGGAAAUCAAGAAUCAGUUAUGUGACUUGGAAACAAAGUUGCAUAAGGAAGAAUUAUCGGAGGAGGGCUACCUGGCUAAAGUCAAAUCCCUUUUAAAUAAAGAUUUAUCCUUGGAGAACGGAGCUCACGCUCGGGAAGCGCGUGGUUGUCUAGAGAACGGGAGCCAGGCUAGUGGUGCCGGUCGCAGAGCAGGGAUGGCGGAGGCAAACAAAUCCCCCCAGUCUGCUUCCAAGUCGUCCCGCCUGUCGAGAAGAAGAAGCAAGUCCGAUGGAGAGACAAAGAGUCCUAGUCCCAGGGUUACAAGGCAGAAGACCAAACAGACCACCAUGGAAUUUCACUUUGCAAAGGGCCCCGCCAAACGGAAAUCUGAUGAAGAAUUGGAGCGAGGCAGUGUGGAUGAUUCCGAAGAAGAAAAAGAGCUGGAUGAAAAGAGACGGAGACUUGCCUCCAAAGACCUAGUCGCCAAUCGGCCAGAAAGCACGAAACCAGGAACCAGUGCCGAAAAAGAAGAGAGGAGACUCCGACGGCGAACCAAAGAACUGUUAAUGAGCCCAGAGGACUCCAGCAGCGAAGCAGUGCCAGGGAUGCGAACCCGGAGGGAUGGAGACAGAGAUGAAAAGCGGCCCAGAAGUCAACCCAGAGAUCAUGCUGCCAAGCGGAGGCCCGAAGAACAAGAAUUAGAAGGAGCAGAAUUGCAAGUUUCUGUCAGCGAUGAGGAUGAGAUGGACGAGAAGAGACGCAAAGUGGAAUGCAAAGAGUCACCAAUGGAAGAUAAAACAAAGGAUAAGAAGGAUAAAGUUAACAUCACAGGAAUCUCUAAGCAGCUCGAUACCCUGAGGUGCGAUGAGUGCGCACAGUACCUGGAUGACCCCGACCUCAAGUACGAGCAGCCCCCUGUCAAUGCACUCUUCGAGCCAGAGAUGUUGACGGAUGAGAGACUGUCCAUCUACGACAACAACGAAUCCGGCUUCGAGAGUUACGAGGACCUUCCGCAGCACAAGCUGACCUCGUUCAGCGUGUUCUGCCAGCACGGCCAUCUGUGCCCCAUCGACACCGGCCUCAUCGAGAAGAACGUGGAGCUCAUCUUCUCUGGCACAGUGAAACCCAUCUACGAUGACGACCCCUCUCCUGAGGGCGGUGUGAACGGCGUGAACCUGGGCCCCAUCAAUGCGUGGUGGAUCACUGGCUUUGAUGGGGGAGAAAAGGCCCUCAUUGGCUUCAGCACCUCAUUUGCUGAGUACAUCCUGAUGGAUCCCAACCCAGACUACAAGCCGAUCUUUGAUCUGAUCCAGGAGAAGAUCUACAUAAGUAAGAUAGUCGUGGAGUUUCUGCAGAACAACCCUGAGGCGGCCUAUGAAGACCUGAUCAAUAAGAUUGAGACCACCGUGCCCCCUUCUGCACUCAACCUGAAUCGGUUCACGGAGGACUCUCUCCUCCGGCACGCCCAGUUUGUGGUGGAGCAGGUGGAGAGCUACGAUGAGGCCGGGGACAGCGACGAGCAGCCCAUCAUCCAGGCGCCCUGCAUGAAGGACCUGGUCAACCUGGCUGGUGCCACCCUUGGGCGAAGGAGCUCCAGGAAACGCCACACCACCAUCAGGCAUUCCGCCCGGGUGAGGGAUAAAGUGCCCACCAAAGCCACCACCACCAAGCUGGUCUACCAGAUCUUCGACACCUUCUUCUCGGAGGAGAUCGAGAAGGACGACAAAGAGAACACUCUGAAACGCCAGCGCUGCGGCGUCUGCGAGGUCUGCCAGCUGUCGGAGUGCGGGAAAUGCAAAGCUUGUAAGGACAUGGUGAAGUUUGGGGGCAGCGGACGGAGCAAACAGGCUUGCCAGGAGAGGAGGUGUCCCAACAUGGCCGUGAAGGAAGCCGAUGAUGACGAAGACGUAGAAGACAAUAUCUUAGAGGUGCCAUCGCCCAAAAAAAUGCAUCAGGAGAAGAAGAAGAAACAGAACAAGAACAGGAUCUCUUGGAUCGGAGAAGCCAUCAAGACGGACGGGAAGAAGACUUACUAUAGAAAGGUCUGCAUUGACUCAGAAACCCUGGAAGUGGGGGACUGCGUGUCUGUGAGCCCAGACGAUCCCUCCAAACCGCUCUACUUAGCAAGGGUCACGGCCUUGUGGGAGGACAACAGCGGGCAGAUGUUCCAUGCACACUGGUUCUGCACUGGGAUGGACACGGUCCUGGGGGCCACGUCGGAUCCUCUGGAGCUGUUCCUGGUCGAUGAGUGCGAGGACAUGCAGCUCUCGUACAUCCACAGCAGGGUGGAGGUCUGCUACAAGCCCCCGUCGGAGAACUGGGCCAAGGAGGGAGGUUUGGAGCCUGAGGACACUGGGAACACCUAUUUCUAUCAGAUGUGGUACGAUCCCGACUACGCACGGUUUGAGUCUCCUCCCCAGACGCAGCCGACAGAGGACAACAAGUACAAGUUUUGCGCCAGCUGUGUCCGUCUGGGUGAAAUGAGGCAGAAGGAGAUCCCCAGGGUCUUGGAGCAGCUCGAGGACCUGGACAGCCGAGUCCUCUACAACUCGGCCACCAAAGACGGCGUCCAGUACCGGGUUGGGGACGGCGUGUACCUCCUGCCCGAGGGCUUUGUGUUCAAGUACUUGCCUGCACCUCGGAAGGGGAAGGCAAGCCCCCGGAGGGGCCAAGGAAGAGCUGCCACCAGGAAGUGCGUGGCUGUCCCUCCUCCUCGGCCAAGUGCCAAGAAGGCAGCCAAGUCCCGUGGCAAAAAGGGUAGCAGCAUCAAGCUCUCCAGCCCAGUGAAACGGCCCAAGAAGGAUGUGGAGGUCGUGUUGGAUGACCUGUACCCUGAGUACUACCGGAAGUCCUCUGACUACAUCAAAGGCAGCAACCUGGAUGCCCCCGAGCCUUACCGGAUUGGCCGGAUAAGAGAGAUCUUCUGUCCCAAGAAGAACAACGGCAAGCCCAAUGAGACAGACAUCAAGGUCAAGAUCAACAAGUUUUACAGGCCAGAGAACACGCACAGGUCCACGCAGGCGAGCUACCACGCGGACAUCAACCUGCUCUACUGGAGCGACGAGGAGGUCGUGGUGGAUUUCAAGAUCGUGCAGGGCCGCUGCACCGUGGAGUACGCGGAGGACCUGUCCGAGAGUGUCCAGGAGUACUCCUCCAGGGGCCCGGACCGCUUCUACUUCCUUGAGGCCUACAAUGCCAAGAACAAGAGCUUUGAAGAUCCGCCCAACCAUGCCCGGAACUCCAGGAACAAAGGGAAGGGGAAAGGAAAAGGCAAGGGAAAAGGCCGGACAAGGUCUCAGGCCAGUGAGGCUGCUGAGCCCGAGGUGGAGGUCAAGGUGCAGAAGCUGCGCACUCUGGAUGUGUUCUCGGGCUGUGGGGGCUUGUCGGAAGGCUUCCACCAAGCAGGCAUGUCGGAGACACUGUGGGCCAUUGAAAUGUGGGAACCGGCUGCCCAGGCCUUCCGGCUGAACAACCCGGGGUCCACAGUGUUCAUGGAGGACUGCAACCUCCUGCUGAAGCUGGUCAUGGCCGGGGAGAAGACCAACUCCUGCGGCCAGAGGCUGCCUCAGAAGGGAGACGUGGAGCUGCUGUGUGGCGGGCCGCCCUGCCAAGGGUUCAGUGGCAUGAACCGCUUCAACUCUCGCACUUACUCCAAGUUCAAGAACUCACUGGUGGUCUCCUUCCUCAGCUACUGUGACUACUACCGCCCCCGCUUCUUCCUGCUGGAGAACGUGCGCAACUUCGUCUCCUUCAGCUGCUCCAUGGUCCUGAAGCUGACCCUGCGCUGCCUGGUCCGCAUGGGCUAUCAGUGCACGUUCGGCGUGCUGCAGGCCGGCCAGUACGGUGUGGCGCAGACACGGAGAAGGGCCAUCAUUCUGGCUGCAGCCCCCGGCGAGAAGCUGCCGUUGUUCCCCGAGCCGCUGCACGUGUUUGCGCCUAGGGCCUGCCAGCUGAGCGUCGUAGUGGACAACAGGAAGUACGUCAGCAACAUCACAAGGCUGAGCUCGGGGCCCUACCGCACCAUCACCGUGCGCGACACGAUGUCCGACCUGCCUGAGAUCCGCAACGGCGCGUCGGCGCUAGAGAUCGCCUACAACGGGGAGCCCCAGUCGUGGUUCCAGCGGCAGCUCCGAGGCACGCGCUACCAGCCCAUCCUCCGAGAACACAUCUGCAAGGACAUGAGCGCCCUGGUGGCUGCCCGCAUGCGGCACAUCCCCCUGGCUCCAGGCUCGGACUGGCGCGACCUGCCCAACAUGGAGGUGCGGCUGUCGGACGGCACCACGACCAAGAAGCUGCGUUACAACCGCUACUUCAUCAUGGAGGGUGACAAGCCCAAGCCCAUCCGAGGGGUCUGCGCCUGCAUACAAGGAAAGACCUUCCCCUGUGACUCGCCCCGGCAGUUCAACACGCUCAUCCCCUGGUGCUUGCCCCACACUGGGAACAGGCACAACCACUGGGCCGGUCUCUACGGGCGGCUCGAGUGGGAUGGCUUCUUCAGCACCACCGUCACCAACCCUGAGCCCAUGGGCAAGCAGGGCCGCGUGCUGCACCCCGAGCAGCACCGUGUGGUCAGCGUGCGGGAGUGUGCCCGCUCCCAAGGCUUCCCCGACGCCUACCGCCUGUUCGGCAACAUCCUGGACAAGCACCGGCAGGUCGGGAAUGCCGUGCCGCCACCCCUGGCUAAAGCCAUUGGCUGGGAGAUCAAACUCUGCAUGUUGGCCAAAGCUCAAGAGAGCCCCGAAGUUAAGGUCAAGGAGGAGAACACCCAGGACUAGCUCUGCCCCUUCCACCCACCGCGUGUCUGAUGCCGGGAGUCCCCAACAUGCACUGAUGCUGUGUCUUCCGCCUGUCGAACUGUCGGUCCCAGUAUGUCGUGCUCCGUGUCAGUGGCCCGACUGGCCGUGAGGCCCACUCUCCGUAACCACGUAGUGCGCACAUCUCUCGUGCAGUGCUCUGCACUCUGGGUUUUACACGUUUUUUAUGAUGCAUUCUAUCUACCACUGUGCCGAGUGGGAACUGAGACUUUAUGUAAUUUUUAUAUGUUGUAAUAUUUCUUCAAAUAAAUCGCAAUUAUAAACCGC